UCCCGGCGCUGCGCCGCCCUCCGGCUCUCGGAACUCGCGGACUCCUCCUGAGCUUCAGGAUGGUUCACGCUAAAAGAUGGACCCUGAAGAAGCACUUUAAAGGCAACCCUACUAAGGGUGACUUUGAGUUAAAGACAGCUGAGCUCCCACCCUUAAAAGAUGGAGAGGUCCUGCUUGAAGCCUUGUUCCUCACCGUGGAUCCUUACAUGAGACUUGCAUCCAAAAAAUUAAAUGAGGGUGACACGAUGAUGGGGCAGCAAGUGGCCAGAGUUGUGGAAAGUAAAAACUCAACCUUACCAAAAGGAACUAUCGUAGUGGCAUUUUUAGGCUGGACAUCGCACUCUAUUUCUGAUGGGAAAGAUCUGGAAAGGCUGCCGACAGAAUGGCCAGAUACAAUACCACUGUCUUUGGGUCUGGGGACAGUUGGCAUGCCAGGCAUAACUGCCUACUUUGGCCUACUCGACAUCUGUGGUGUGAAGGGUGGAGAAACAGUGAUGGUUAAUGCAGCAGCAGGAGCCGUGGGCUCUGUUGUUGGGCAGAUAGCAAAGCUCAAGGGCUGCAAAGUUGUUGGAGCAGCAGGGUCUGAUGAGAAGGUUGCCCACCUUAAAAAGCUUGGAUUUGAUGUUGCCUUUAACUAUAAGACAGUAGCAUCUUUGGCAGAAACUUUGAAAAAAGCCUCUCCUGAUGGUUAUGAUUGUUAUUUUGAUAAUGUAGGCGGAGAGUUUUCAAACAUUGUUAUCCCUCAGAUGAAAAAAUUUGGAAGAAUUGCUAUAUGUGGGGCCAUCUCUACAUAUAACAGUACUGGCCAACUUCCACCAGGCCCAAGCCCAGAGGUUGUUAUCUACCAAGAACUCCACAUGGAGGGGUUCCUUGCCACCCGCUGGCAAGGAGAAGCCCGCCAAAAAGCUCUGAAGGACUUGCUGAAAUGGGUGUUGGAGGGUAAAAUCCAGUACCAUGAAUAUGUCAUUGAAGGAUUUGAAAACAUGCCAGAUGCAUUUAUGGGAAUGCUGAAAGGAGAUAACUUGGGGAAAACAAUAGUGAAAGCUUGAAAAAUAAAAAAGACACGUGGAAUCUAGAGAUUAUUUGGAUGACUACUUGAUGUGUUUUUCAACAUUUAGCAAAAAUGUAUACUGCCUUAAUUAUCUAAAAAAGAGUAACUGUAAUGAGUCUGACCAACCUAAAUAAAAUACAUUUGGGUGGUA